GGGUCGUAACCCCCUCCGCCCCCAAAAUAAUUGGCUUGCCGCCUUCGUUAACCGUAAAACCCGAGCUUUCAUGACCUUUCGGCACCAAUAAGCCAUCAAACCGACGAUGGAAGAAGCCGGCGCCAAAUCUAGGAGGGGCGUCUCCUGCCUGUGCGGCAUAUGCAAUAACAGGAAAGCUGCUCUCAAGAGGCCAAAAACCCUGCAACAGAUAUGCAGAGAAUGCUUCUAUGAGGUCUUUGAAGAGGAGAUCCAUCAAGUUAUUGUGAAGAAUCAUUUGUUCAGACCAGGGGAACGCAUUGCUGUUGGUGCCUCUGGUGGAAAAGAUUCUACUGUUCUUGCAUAUGUGUUAUCGGAAUUGAAUCGGCGGCACAAUUAUGGUUUAGACCUCUUUCUUUUAUCAGUUGAUGAGGGCAUCACUGGAUACAGAGAUGACUCGCUUGAAACUGUGAAAAGAAAUGAAAUUCAGUAUGGAUUGCCACUACAAAUUGUAUCAUACAAGGAUUUAUAUGGAUGGACAAUGGAUGAGAUAGUGAAGAUGAUUGGCUUAAAGAAUAAUUGCACCUUUUGUGGAGUUUUCCGUCGGCAGGCUCUUGAUAGAGGUGCUGCAUUGUUGAAAGUAGACAAGCUUGCCACCGGACACAAUGCAGAUGACAUGGCUGAAACGGUUCUAUUGAAUAUAUUACGAGGCGACAUAGCAAGAUUGAGUCGAUGUACUGCUAUAAUAACCGGCGAAGAUGGACCGAUUCCAAGAUGCAAACCUUUCAAGUACACAUAUGAAAAGGAGAUAGUUAUGUAUGCUUAUUUUAAGAAGCUCGACUACUUCUCCACCGAGUGCAUUUAUUCUCCUAAUGCUUAUCGUGGUUUCGCUCGUGAAUUUAUCAAGGAUUUGGAACGAAUCAGACCUAGGGCCAUUCUCGACAUCAUUAAAUCGGGCGAGGAUUUCAGGAUUUCCACCUCGACAAAAAUGCCCGAGCAAGGGACAUGUGAACGAUGCGGCUACAUUUCAAGCCAGAAAUGGUGUAAAGCAUGUGUUCUGCUCGAGGGCCUUAACCGAGGUUUGCCGAAGUUGGGUAUUGGGCGGAGUCGAGGUCUUGACAACGAGACGGAGAAGAGGGAAAUGAAGGGAAGAAGUAGUGAUGGACAAACGAGAAGCAUUGAGAGCAAACAGUGUGGCACUCUUGACUUCUGAAGCUUUUCUGCAUUCUUAGCUGUAGCAAUGGUGAUCAAAAUACCAGAUGAAAGCCGAGGAUUUAUCAAACAAGAAUUGGCAUGCGUUAACGACAUUCUUCGUUGCUUCGGUUCGAUGAUCUCAGCUUUUCUUGAAAAUAGAGAGAGAUGCAAAUGGAGAAAAAGAAAUAGAUCAGCACCUAAUACAAACACUGAAGUUCAUUGAGAAACUCUAGGGAUCUAUGUAGCCGUUUUUUUCCACAUAAAUCUUAAUAUAUUCUCGUCA